GACCUCGACGUCUUAACACACUUUGGGAGCAACGAGUUCACCGACAUAAUGGCCAUUGAACCCACAAAGGCUUUGGUCCCUCCCAAGGGGCUCAAGACCGACUAUCCGUUGAUUGAUUCCGACCCACAUAUUAAGAGAGUUUUCGGCUAUGCUCGACCUUCAGACUAUGCCGUCGGUGGUGCCGCCGCUGCUGCAUCCCCGCUCGCCUUUUGGCUUAUGGAAAAGUUCAGUCCUUCGCACGUCGGAAAGGGAGGAUUCGCUCCAGUUAUGCGUCUUGCGACCGCAAUUGGUGUGCUUGGAGGUCUACACAUUUGCUACCAGAGAUCUAUAAACCGCUUCUACGGCUUCACAGAGAAUACAUGCGAGGUGGAAAAGGAUAUGCGAGAAAUGGUUGAUAAAGUCAAAAAAGGCGAGCCACUUUACGGCAAAUCACAACUUUCAGAAUACCUUCAAGGUGUUGCUGCCCGCAAUUCGCGAUACACCGGUCUCGUUUCACAUAUUAUUCCAUGGUUCAAUGUGGUCAACCAUGACCAGCACGGUGUGGACACAGCCAAGUAUUAUCAGCAAGCUGAGAGGGAGCUUGAAGCUGAGCGCUUGGGCAAAUGAAUUUGUCGGUCGUUUUCAUAGAUUUUUUCUAGUCUCGCAAUGUAUUUUAUAUUCCAAUGAAUAUGUUUUUGAAGGA